AUGCCUAAGCGCCCAACCUUUGCCUCAUACCUUGACACACCCAAUCUACCACCCAAGAUCAGACUCCUCUGUGAAAUAGUGGCCAAUACCCACACUCUUUCUGUUGAGGAACGCCUGGCAGAGACUGGUGUUAGAGUGACCCAAGAAGACGUUGAAGAGGUCCUCAAACUCUCUUACGCUUUUCCAGGUCCCGCCGUGAAGUUCUUUAGGUGGGCUGGUCACCAUCUCAAUGACUACCACAGCCCCUAUGCGUGGAACUUGGUUGUUGAUCUUCUGGGUAAGAAUUGCUUCUUUGAUGCGAUGUGGGACGCCAUAAAGUCCAUGAGAAAAGAAAGGUUACUCUCUUUGGCCACUUUUGCUUCUGUUUUUAGUAGUUAUGUAGUUGCCAAUCGUGUCCAGGAGGCUUUUAUGACUUUUGAGGUUAUGAGCGAAUAUGGAUGCCCUAGAGAUAUUGUGGCAUUGAAUUCCCUUUUGAGUGCAAUUUGUAGAGAUGGGAAGACUUCAGAUGCUGUUGAUUUUUUGCGUAUUGCUAAGGAUAAGAUUAAGCCAGACCCUGAUACGUAUGCGAUUUUGUUGGAAGGGUGGGAAAAUGAAGGCAAUGUAGCUUGUGCUAGGCAGGUUUUCUCUGAGAUGGUGAUUGAGAUUGGUUGGGACCCGAGCAAUGUGCCAGCUUAUGAUUCAUUCUUGAAUACUUUGCUUAAGGGGCCUGAUGGGAUCCGCGAAGCAGUGAAGUUCUUUGAGACCUUAAAAGAUAGGAGGUGUUAUCCGGGGGUCAAGUUUUUCAGCCUUGCUCUUGAUGAGUGUGUCAAGAAUAGCGAUUCUCGGGGAGCUGAGGCUCUUUGGCAGGCAAUGGUAGGGAUAAUUGGUUUCCAACCUGAUACAAUUAUGUGUAAUUUGAUGAUUUCUUUACAUUGUCGUGAAGGAAAUCCAGAUUUAGCAAAGAGAAUGUUGGAUGAUAUGGUGUACAAUGGGGCAUUUCCGAAUUCACAAACAUAUGACAUAUUGUUUAAGUCGUUGAUCAAGAAUAGGAAGUUGAAGGAGGCAUCGACUUUGUUUACUGAGAUGGUUAAAAAUGAGUGUGUUCCAGAGCAUGCUAAUUGUAAUAUGGCAGUAAGGACUUUCCUUGAUUUGGGGGAUCCUUAUUUUGCUAUAAAAGUUUGGAAGUGCAUGCUAGAGAAUUACCAUUCUGGCUUGGAGGAUACUGGGAAUUUGUUGGUUGUAGGGCUCGGCAAUCUGAAUAGGGUCCCAGAAGCAGUUAAGUACGCAGAGGAUAUGAUUGUAAGAGGAAUCAAAUUGGAAUUUUCCACAUUGUCAAAGCUGAAGCAGAACCUCAUCCAAGCAAGGAAGGAAUACUUGUAUGAUGAACUUUUUAGAAAGUGGAAAGCUCAAUAG